AUGGCGCGGCGCGGGCGUGUGGAGCUGCGGCGGAUCGAGGACCGGACCAACCGGCAGGUGUGCUUCUCCAAGCGCCGCUCGGGGCUCUUCAAGAAGGCCUUCGAGCUCUCGCUCCUCUGCGACGCCGAUGUCGCGCUGCUCGUCUUCUCCCCCGCCGGAAAGCUCUACGAGUACUCCUCCUCCAGCAUAGAAGCUACAUAUGAUCGCUAUCAGAGAUUUGCGGGACCCGGAAUGAACGUGAAUGGAGGCGAUGCAAGGAACAAAAAUGAUGGUGAUCCUUCAAACAUACAGUCAAGGCUUGAAGACAUCGCUUCCUGGUCUCUUCAAAAUAAUGCUGAUGACUCCGAUGCCACUAAGCUGGAGAAACUGGAGAAACUCUUGACAGAUGCUUUGAGGAAUACAAAAUCCAAGAAGAUGUUGGCGCAACUAAAUAGCGGCGCAAGCACGAGUGCAAGCGCCCAGAACUCCAAUGGCCCUAGGGGACUGGAAGGAGGAAGGACUUGA